GCAGCAGCCAGGACGCCGGAGUCAGUAGGAUUGUAGGAUUGGAGCCCAAGUGGCAGCAAGAGUGGAGCUGGCCUGGGAGAGGAGCCGAGCCCUCCCAGGACCCUCAGGCCACCUCCUGCCUGCGCUCCCACUGCCAGACCUCCAGAGAGGAGAGACCCAGGACAGCCAGGCCCAGAUCCCCCAGCCUCAGGAUGGCGUCCUCCCUGCUUGAGGAGGAAGCUCACUAUGGCUCCAGUCCCCUGGCCAUGCUGACGGCGGCGUGCAGCAAGUUUGGUGGCUCCAGCCCUCUGCGGGACUCAACAACACUGGGCAAAGCAGGCACAAAGAAACCGUACUCUGUGGGCAGUGACCUCUCCGCUCCAAAAACCAUGGGGGAUGCCUACCCAGCCCCCUUUUCAGGCACCAAUGGGCUCCUCUCACCUGCAGGCAGUCCUCCAGCACCCACCUCGGGCUAUGCCAAUGACUACCCUCCCUUUUCUCACUCUUUCCCUGGGCCCACAGGCACCCAGGAUCCUGGGCUCCUAGUGCCCAAGGGACACACUUCUUCUGACUGCCUGCCUAGUGUCUACACCUCUCUGGACAUGGCACACCCCUACGGCUCCUGGUACAAGGCAGGCAUCCAUGCAGGCAUCUCACCAGGCCCUGGCAAUGCUCCUACACCUUGGUGGGACAUGCACCCUGGGGGCAACUGGCUAGGAGGAGGGCAGGGCCAGGGUGAUGGGCUGCAAGGGACACUGCCCACAGGCCCUGCUCAGCCUCCAUUGAACCCCCAGCUACCCACCUAUCCAGCCGACUUUGCCCCCCUUAAUCCAGCCCCCUACCCAGCUCCUCACCUUCUGCAACCAGGGCCUCAGCAUGUCUUACCCCAAGAUGUCUACAAAUCCAAGGCAGUGGGCAAUAGCGGGCAGCUGGAGGGGAGUGGUGGAGCCAAAACCCCUCGUGGCACAGGCACAGGGGGCAGUGGUGGAUAUGGGGGCAGUGGAGCAGGGCGCUCCUCCUGUGACUGCCCUAACUGCCAGGAGAUAGAGCGCCUGGGGGCAGCAGCGGCUGGGCUGCGGAAGAAGCCCAUCCACAGCUGCCACAUCCCGGGCUGUGGCAAGGUGUAUGGCAAGGCCUCGCACCUGAAGGCGCACUUACGCUGGCACACGGGCGAGAGGCCCUUCGUCUGCAACUGGCUCUUCUGUGGCAAGAGGUUCACCCGUUCGGACGAGCUGGAGCGCCACGUGCGCACUCACACCCGGGAGAAAAAGUUCACCUGCCUGCUCUGCUCCAAGCGCUUUACCCGGAGUGACCACCUGAGCAAACACCAACGCACCCAUGGCGAGCCAGGCCCAGGGCCCCCACCCAGCGGCUCCAAGGAGCUGGGGGAGGGCCGCAGCGUGGGGGAAGAGGAGGCCAACCAGACACCCCGACCUUCAGCUUCUCCGGCACCCCCAGAAAAAGCCCCCGAAGGCAGCCCGGAGCAGAGCAACCUGCUGGAGAUCUGAGCUGGGUGGAGGGUCUCCAGUCCCAGGGCUGCUUGCCAGCCUCUCCUGGCUCCGUGGACCACUGCUUGCCCCUCACUCCUUUGCCCCAUGCAUGCUGCCCUUUGGGGUGCUCUCCAUCUCUCCCCUGGCUAUUCUGAGCCUGGGUAACUCCCUGCACGCCUCCUCAGCUCCCCUCUUCCCUUUGCCAUAAGCCCAUCCCAUAAACUCUCAUCUUAGGCCCUCACCUUGUGCCCGAUUUCUGUACUCUGGCUUCCUAAACUCUUCUCUCGCCCUUGCUCACAGCUUCUCUCUCUUCUGCUCUUACCACACCAACUCACUUUCCUUCCAUGUGGACUCCCAACACUUUAUUUUUCUAUGUUAUUAGCUCCUUGACAUCCAUCCUUUCUGCUUCCGAAGCUCCACUAUCCCUUUGCUUCCAGGCUCCAGUCUCCCCAAGUUCUUACUCCACUGCUGCCUGUGCUCCAGAGCAUUCUUCCUUUUUACAAACACAAUGAUGAUAACGAUGAUGAUAAUUUAUUGCCCCCUGGUGGCCUCUUCAUUAGGGACCAGAGUUAGGGGGAUUGGGGUUAGUGACCUGGCAGGGAGCAGGGUACCAAAAGGGGGGCAGACCAGUGGGGAUCUAAUCCCAAAGAUGGGGUGUCCCCAGGGUCAGGGAGGCUGCCCCCAGGCCUGUAUAUUUAACCCCUAUGUUCCAAGAGAAAUGAAUACUAAUAAUAAUAAUAAUAAUUCUAUUUAUCUAAGUUAUGAUGACAGGUCAGGUAGAGUGAGCUGGGGAGGGGGGGGUGGAGGUCCAUUUCUGCUAUGGAAAUUUUAGCCAAAUGCAUCUCUGUAUAGAAGAAGUGUUAGUAGAGAUCUUGUUAAUAGAAUUUCUAUCAUCAGGGUCUCAGUUAAAGGGGUUCCUCUUUUAGUGGAAUCUGCUAAUAGGGUUGGUUAGCUUGAUCAGUUAAAGAGUGAUGGAGUAUCUCUCAAUUAGGGAAUCCCUAAUAUUCCCACCCCCAGCCAGAAGCUGUGAAACUUCAAGUCCUAUGGAGGGGGGAGGGGGGACUGGAAUUACCCCAGCUUCCUCAAACCCAGAACCAGUUCUUCCACUUCUCCUCCCCUGACACCGUGACCCCAUCAGGCUAAUCCCUUGUUGCCAUGGUUAUGGAGAAUUUACAGCUGCCAUUUUAGACAGGCUCAUUGGAGAAGCCCACCUAACAGGAGGACAUUGGCUUGGAGGCGCCUCUCCUGAAGAAUAGGUGGGGAAGGCUUUCUCUGGGAUCAGAUGAAAAUAAAUCAAGUAUUUAUUGAGUGCCUACUCUGUGCAAGGCACUGGGAACAAGGCUGGUGCCUAGAGGCCAUGAAAAAGAAGUUAUAGAGCUAGGAGGACAUACUAGUCGGUCCCUAAGCUGAUUUGGGUGCGUACAGAGGCCCCCAACCUGGGACUUUCGAUGCUCCCACCUCCAGUGACUUUAAAGCCGCUUCGUGCCUUUGAAUACCUUUCCUGUGACUUUGGAUCCUCCUUUUCUAUCUCCUGCUCCCUCAAGGCCCCCAGUUAAAGGGUUAAAGCCGCUGGAGCUUGGGGAGAGGGUAAUAAAAUGGAAGGGAAGGGAUCAU